AUGUUUCCAUAUGUAGAUGACGGAGGUCAACCGCAGGUGGCUUGGGUCUACUAUCAGUCUAAAGGCAUAGUGACGGGAGAGCAGUUUGGAUCUAAUCAAGGUUGCCUGUCUUACGAAAUACAGCAUUGUGAUCACCGUAUUACAGAAUUAAUAUAUAAAAUUCCAAAAUUGGUUACACCACUUAUUGAGAUUUACUUAGACAGAAUAUUAAGUUAUUUUUCGACCAGCACAUUAUCGGACUCUAUUAAAAUAAAUACUUUGCUUAAUAAUUUAUCAGACGAGGUCUUUGACAAUAUUAAAUCAAUUUGUUCCGAUACCGACAUAUUAGAUCUUAAAAUAGUGACUAAAAAGUUAACUUACCUUUUACCUCAGAACUCGAGUGAGAAUUUCAUGCAAUGGUACAUAAGAGUAUCGAAACUACAUAAAAAAUGUAAUUUUUCGGACGACAGUAGAUUAAAAGAAAAAUUACGUACAUCUACCUUAAAUGACAAAAUAAAAUAUGGAAUUAAAUUAGAUAGUAUCAAUGAUAAAUCAGAUGUUGAUAACAUAAGUUAUAUGAAUAACGAUAAAAAGUCUGAUAAAGAUAAAAACUUUAACAAUAGAAAUAGAAAUGACAAUAAUAAUUAUUUUAAACCUGAUAAUAAUUUUAGAAAUAAUUAUGAUAAUAGAAAUAGAGAUAGGAAUUACAACAAUAAUUUUAGAUACAAUGAUAGGAAUUACGGUAAUAAUAAUUCUAGAUACCACGAUAAUUAUAACAACUAUAACUACAAUAUCUAUCGCUACAACAAUAAUAAUCAAUCUAAUUAUGGUAGAAAUAAUACAUGGCAUGAUAAUAAUCAGAGAAGACAGAUCCAAUACGGUGACGGAAAUCGUAACAAUUACCAAUCUUAUAACAACAAUUCAAAUAAUUAUAGAGGUAGUGACAAUAAUCAGAGAAAGCAAAUACAAUAUAACAUCAACUCAAAUAAUUAUAGAGGUAGCGACAACAAUAAUAGAAAGCAAAUACAAUACAACAACAAUGAUUACAAUAUGAAUAUUGAAGAAAUUAUAGAAGAGAAAGUCGACUCUACAAAGAACAAAGAUGAUAGGUAA